UACUGCCUGGGUCCGCCCAAAUGCCUUCACCCGGUGCCCUCCGACCCGGGAGGAUCCGCGCGGCUGGGCCGCCGGGCGAGGAGUCGCUUGGCCGCCGGAUCUCACGGGGCACAACUGGCGAGGGCUGCCCGCCCGACUCGGUCAUGGAAGCCGCCGGCACCCCAGAGGCCACGGGGACAGCUACACCUCAGGAUUACUACAACCUGGACUUCAUCUGUGACACUACUUUCCUUUCAGGCAAGUACAUUGCCUCAACACAGAGACCCGACGGGACCUGGCGCAAGCAACGGAGGGUCAAAGAAGGAUACGUGCCCCAAGAGGAAGUCCCAGUCUAUGAAAACAAGUAUGUCAAGUUUUUCAAGAGUAAACCGGAACUUCCUCCAGGGCUGAGCCCCGAGGCCACCACACCUGUCACCCCAUGCAGACAUGAAGGCGGGGAAGCUGGCCUCUCCAAGACAGCCAAACGCAACCUGAAGCGGAAGGAGAAGAGGCGGCAGCAGCAGCAGGAAGCAGAGGCCCUGAGCAGGACUCUUGAAAAGGCGUCUCUGAGAGACACCGCCCAAACACCCAGCGCCCUCCAAGGCUCCCAGGCCGCCCCUCUAGCUGCCCCUGAUGCAUCCGACUCUGCCGCCACCACAGAGAAAGCCAAGAAGAUGAAGAGCCUCAGGAAGAAGCUGCGGCAGGUGGAGGAGCUGCAGCAGCGGAUCCAGGCCGGCGAGGUCAGCCAGCCCAGCAGGGAGCAGCUGGAGAAGCUGGCCCGGCGGAGGGCCCUGCAGGAGGAGCUGGAGGACUUAGAGCUGGGCCUGUGAGGCUGCAGGAGCAGGGGAAUGGACCGCGGAACAAACCGUGGGGUGCUCUGGGGCCCACAAGUGUGGGCCGCAGCAGUCAGACGGGGCACCCCCAAACUGGCUCACUUCCGCCUGUGGCCCAGCUCCGCCCUCCAGAGCCCUGGGCGCGCCUUCAUCCCUCCCCUCUUUCUUCUCGGCUCCUAUUCUUGGACUUUCCCCCUCCCGUUCCCAGUGUUGAGAUUCUCGGUGACGACCCUGGGUACCUCUGCUGCUGAUCUGGGUAUCGUGUUGAAAAGAAAAGCGGGGGGUGGGAGGCUGUCAGAGAGGUGAGGUGGAGGGUGCAGGAGUAACCCAAGUCUUAGAGUCUUCGUUCCUGUUCACAGUGUUGAUGAGUUAUUUCCCGGGCCAUCCUCAACCUUUUUUUUUUUUUUUUUUUUUUUUUUAAAGAAAGAAUAAAUUCAAGUAGACAACA